AAGGGAAUCAAGAGGAAGAAGAGGGGAAACAAGAAAACAGUGUUAAGAAACAAAUAAGUCAAUAAAGCUUGACUGAGAGAUUAAUAGAUUGAUGCAUAUCCACUUGUUUUUAUCCCUUCAAUCAUUCUCUCUUUACUCCCAAAGGCCAUUAUACUCGUAAAGCUCCAACCUUUAGAUCUCCUCUCACUCGAACACUCCGCUCUUCUCCUUCCUCCUCCGCUUCAAAUUCCCCCCAGAUUCGUGGAGAAUUCGAAUUGCCCUCAUCGUAAUUCACAUGUGUUCCGCUUAAAAAUCCAAUCUUUUUACAAAAUCGAAGAGCACGACAUGGAUCAGAACUCUCACGACCGUCCGACGGCGGAGGCAGGGCUGCAACUCAAUUCUACGGAAAACCCAUCACCGGGAAGAUCGGUUCAUUUCGCCGGAGGUGCAACCUCUAGCUCCACGAGCACUAGCUCGGGCACUGCUCUCGCCGUGGUUAAACCCGCCGCGAAGAAGCCGUCUAAAGACCGCCACACGAAAGUCGACGGCCGCGGCCGGAGAAUCCGCAUGCCGGCGUUGUGCGCCGCUAGAGUUUUCCAGUUGACGAGGGAGUUGGGUCAUAAGUCAGACGGAGAGACGAUCGAGUGGCUGCUCCAGCAAGCCGAGCCUGCUAUCAUCGCGUCCACGGGGACCGGAACGAUUCCGGCGAAUUUCUCGACUUUAAACGCUACUUUACGCGGCGGCGGCGGUUCGACCAUCUUCGCUCAGUCGUCGAAGUCUUCUCCUUUUCACAGCACCGGGAUGUCUCUGUAUGAAGAUAGUAACGGUACUAACGGAUCAUCCUCCUCCGCCGCGAAGUUGUUAAACGCAGCAACAGCCGCUCAGAACGCCGCCGUUUUUGGGUUUCACCAUCAGGGCUACCAGCCGAUAAUGUCGGCGGAGAGGAAUCCGCCGACUUUGGGGAAGCCUUAUAGAGAGGAUUACUUCAAGGAGUCGGAACCAAGUGGGAGUUCUCAGAAACCGGGUCAGUUUCAGGAGCAAGAGAUGGGUCCGGGUCCUGGUAUGGGCCGUGGGACGGCGAAUGUGGUGCCUCAACCUAUGUGGGCGGUGGCUCCUGGGACUACGAACGGAGGAAGCGCGUUCUGGAUGCUUCCUAUGAGUGGCUCGGGUGGGCGGGAACAGAUGCAGCAGCAGCCGGGUCAUCAGAUGUGGGCAUUUAAUCCGGGGAGUUAUCCGGUUGGGACAGGGCGGGUUGUGACUGCACCGAUGGGGUCAAUGAUGUUGGGAGGUCAGCAGCUAGGAUUAGGAGUGGCUGAGGGAAACAUGGCGGCCGCAAUGCGUGGAAGUAGAGGCGGCGGCGGCGACGGUUUGGCGAUGACGCUAGACCAACACCAGCAUCAGCAUCACCAGCAGCAUCAAGAGCCAAAUCAAAGUCAAGCUAGUGAAAAUGGUGGUGAUGACAAGAAGUGAACAAACGCACCUCUUGAACAUUUUGGUGACCACACUGGCGGGUAGGAGGAUGCUGCUGGCGAUCAAUGAUUCCAAUUGUAAAACAUGUUUUGGCAGUUUAAUGCUGCCAUGCCUGAGAGAUUUGAAUGAGGAAUAUGGUGAAACAUAUGUGGGUUUAAGCUCUUGAACAGAUUUGUCAUAUCAUGUGUGAUUUUUUUUGUGCUUUCUUGAUUUUAGUUUUUUUCUUCUUGUGAUUGUGCUUUUGAUUGAUAGAUAUGUGAAUAUGUUGGAUU